AUGUCUACCCAGCAAGCACAUCCGACUUUACUGAUACCGGGGCCAAUAGAGGUCUCGGAUGAAGUCACACAAGCCAUGGGCCGUUUCGCCCAGUCUCACGUUGGCAUGCCAUUCGUCAAUCUCUUCGGCGAGACAUUGACUAUGCUCAGAGAUGUCUUUCAAACCAAGAACCCUGCCUCACAACCUUUCGUAAUAGCUGGAUCAGGAACCUUGGGAUGGGAUCUGGUAGCAGCAAACCUGGUCGAGCCGGGUGAAGAUGUUUUGGUUCUACACACUGGCUAUUUCGCCGACUCCUUCGCAGACUGCUUCAGCAUAUACGGUGCAAAGCCCACACAGCUGAAGGCCCCAAUCGGUCAGCGACCACAGCACCCAGAGAUAGAAAAGGCCCUUAAAGAGAAGAAAUACAAGGCUAUUACCGUGACCCAUGUUGAUACAUCCACCGGUGUGCUGAGCCAGAUCGCCGCGCUGUCAGAACUGGUGCACCGAGUCUCUCCUGACACCCUUUUCAUCGUUGAUGGAGUCUGCUCGAUUGGUGCAGAGGAACUUCAUUUUGAUGACAUGAAGGUUGAUGUCGCACUUACUGCCUCCCAGAAAGCUAUCGGAUGUCCUCCCGGUCUUUCCAUCAUGAUGGUUUCAGAAAGAGCUAUGGAUGUGUUCAAGAACCGAAAAUCUCCACCUGGGUCAUAUUAUGCCUCUUUCAAGAACUGGUUGCCAAUCAUGCAGAACUACGAAGCAAAGAAACCAUCCUACUUCGCAACCCCUCCUACACAACUUGUCACUGCCCUGAAUGCAGCUUUGAAGCAGCUUCUGACAGAGUCGAUGAACACUCGCUUCCAGAGACACAAGGACAUCAGUGACCGAGUGAAGAAAGCUGUUGGCGAUAUGGGCCUCAAGCAGCUCGCUAGCGAUCCAGAUAAUCAAGCACAUGCUAUGACCGCUAUGUACCUUCCAGAAGGCCUUACCCCACCAGAGGUCCUACCAAAGCUAUUAGAGCGUGGCGUCAUCUUCGCUGGUGGUCUGCACAAGGAGAUUGCUACAAGAUAUAUACGGUUCGGUCACAUGGGUGUGACAGUAACCAAUGACCAGGAGAGAAAAGAGGUUGACAAAGCUCUGAAAGCACUCAAGGAAGUAUUGGACGACGUGAAGAAGGCCAAAGGUCAAUGA